AUGAACACCAGAGCCAAAACCAAGAGAAUCCAAUCACAGGCAUCCAUGGAUCAUCAACCGACUCACUCUGGAGGUUUGAUCGGGUCCAACGAUGACCUAUUAACCGAAAUCCUUCUCCGGCUCCCUGUUACCUCCAUCCUUCGUUUCAAAUCUGUUUCCAAACACUGGCAAUCACUUUUGAGUCACAGAAGUUUCACCCUACUCUAUGACAACCUUUCAAAAUCCCCUGGUAUUUUUGUUGGUAAUACUUAUUUUCCCUUUGAUGUUGAAAACCCAAGCACUCCUCCCUUCCGUAGUCUUGAUCUCUUGUUUGAUAUUCGUGGUAUCCGAAUCUUGCAAUCUUGUAAUGGGUUACUGCUCCUCUGUAGUAAUAUAGGGUACAAUGGUGCUAGUAAAUACUAUGUAUUUAAUCCCACCACCAAGCAAAUGGCAACCGUCCCAGGGGUCCCCGGAGGUCACAAUGUUCGUAAAACUAUAUGUUUUAUGGGUCUGGUAUUUCACCAAAGAGAUUGUGUUCACUAUAAAGUUGUCUGUAUUCGUAGAUUAGAGCCUUAUGGAGAUUUGUUUCAGAUUCGAAUUUACUCGUCUAAUACAAGGAAAUGGAAGGUUUCUAUAGAAUCCUUUUAUAUGAAUUGGUGGCACCCCUUAGAGGGAGUUUACUGGAAUGGAGCUAUUCACUGGGCUCCCUCUUAUCACAAUCACUUGUUCUUUAAAAUUGAGGAUGAACGGUUGCAAACGUUGCCCUUGCCGGUAGGAAUGACGUCUUCCGAAACAAGGACAACGUACUUUGGGGAAUCUAGAGGUCAUUUACAUCUAACAAUGGGUCUUGAUUUUGAUGCUAAAACUCUGAACGUGCAUGAGAUGUUGAGCGAUCAUUCGGGGUGGUUUGUCAAGUAUCAAGUAGAUCUCCUUGAACUUAAGAGUGCUUUUCCGGAGAUGAUCAAUGCGCGUUUUGAUUUUGUCGUGGUUGAUGUGAUUAGAGGUGAAAAAGAAGAAGAUACAUUCAUGCUAUUGCUUCUAAUUCACUCGAAGAUGAUAAUAGUAAGGUAUAAUGUUCAUGACAAGAGUUUUAAGCAGCUAUUCAACUUCAAUGCCACCAACUACAUCUACAAAAAGUUCACAAACGCUCAUCAUCGUUAUACCGAAACUUUAGCUUCUUUCUAAAAGAUAUUUCUAUAUGUUUGUAAUUUUUUUUCUUCAUUGAAGUGUGGCUUAAUUGGAUCAUCUUAGUUUGUGUUUAUGCAUGUACUGAAUA